CUUUGUGACAGAAGUCAGCUGGUGCAGUAUUUUACAGCUCAUUUGUAUUACUUAUUUUGAAGGUGACAGUCAUCUAAAUACUGAUCUCUUAUCUAUAGUCUCUCUUACAUGCGUAUGUGAAGUACUGGACAUAAAUUAAAUAAAUAUCAGAGUUGGUAAAUAAGAUAAAAAGAUGGGUGACGAAAAACGUGUAUUGACGAUGAAGACAAUAAACCCACGUGCUGUGGAGAUGGAGUAUGCAGUGCGAGGGCCGAUUGUAACACGGUCAGUCGAACUCUUAAAGGAGCUUGCAGCUGGGGCACAGAAACCCUUCUCUAAAGUUUUACCGGCCAACAUUGGUGACUGUCACGCCACUGGUCAGACUCCUAUCACGUUUAUACGCCAAGUUGUGGCCUUAUGUACCCUACCAGACCUCCUCAACUCCGAUUCAUUUCCUGAUGACACCAAGCAGCGGGCUCGCAGGAUCCUUCAGGGCUGUAAGGGGCAGAGUACCGGCUCAUACAGCGCUUCCCCUGGCAUAGAUGUUAUACGGCAAGAUAUAGCGGAUUACAUCACAAAGCGAGAUGGUCAUCCUUCACGGCCAGAGGACAUAAUUCUCAGCACAGGAGCCAGCGACGCCAUCAAAACCGUCCUAAACCUUCUCAUGACGGGGGACAGUGGCAACAACAGAGCGGGGAUCAUGAUUCCUGUACCCCAGUAUCCUCUGUAUUCAGCAACCCUCACAGAGUUCAAUGCCUGUCCCAUUCCUUACUACCUAAAUGAGGAGAACAAGUGGAGCUUGGACGUAUCAGAACUAAAGAGAGCCAUUGACGAAGCAAAGGGCAAAUGUAAACCCAGGGCCAUCUGUGUAAUUAACCCAGGAAACCCAACUGGCCAGGUGCUGUCUAGAAAAAAUAUUGAGGACAUCAUUAAGUUUGCUUAUGAAGAAAAACUGAUGGUUCUGUCUGAUGAAGUAUAUCAACACAAUGUCUAUGCAGCAGGGUCAGAGUUUUUCUCUUUCAAGAAGGUCAUGACCGAAAUGGGGGCACCUUACUGUAACAUGGAACUGGCCUCAUUCAUGUCUGCGUCAAAGGGCUACAUGGGGGAAUGUGGCUUCAGGGGCGGGUACGCAGAGAUUGUCAACCUGCAAGCUGAUGUCAAGGCCAUUCUACUCAAAUCUAUCUCUGCAAAGUUGUGCCCGCCAAUUCUAGGACAGGUUGUCAUAGAUACCAUUGUAAAUCCACCCCAGCCUGGCGAACCAUCAUAUGAAAAGUUUAAGAAAGAAAAGCAAGAGGUUCUUUCAUUACUUAAGAAAAAGGCUGUUCUUGUUACAGAACUAUUCAACUCCAUAGAAGGAAUAACCUGUAACGAAGUGAUGGGUGCCAUGUAUGCGUUCCCAAGACUGCAUCUGCCAGAAAAGGCUGUUGAAGCAGCAAAACAGAAGAACCAGUCUCCAGACUUCUUCUACUGCUUUCAGCUGCUGGAGGAGACCGGCCUGUGUGUGGUUCCUGGAAGUGGGUUUGGGGAAAAACCAGGAACUUACCACUUCAGGAUCACCAUACUUCCGCCACUGGAAGAGAUGAGAGCCGUCCUUGAGCAGUUCAAGCUGUUCCACAUGAAAUUUCUCCAAAAAUAUAAGUAGAAUUAAGUAUAGAAUUGAAGCUUAACUUAGGUCACAGUAUUUCUAUCUUGAUUUGAAUAAUGAAGCUAUGUGUGUAUGGAUCAUCGCGGGAGUAGACUGCAAAAAAAAACGCCCACUGGGAAACACUCAUGUAAAAUUACAAAAUGAUAAACAAAAAGUUAAGGAUUUGGUAUGGGUUAUAUGUUUUAUGUAAAUAACUUAAGUUAUCGGAUGUUAUCAUUAUUUUGUAAUAAUGAUAACCUACACCUACUUGGUAGAUAUUUACAUAUACAAUAGUGUUUAAAUGAUAAUUAUGUUCAUGAUUGCCUUUUGUUGAGUAAUAUGCUUUGUGUUUAUUGAUAUAUUCUGAGAAUAUUUUUGUCUUCUAGCAGGCAACAAUGUUAAUCUGUAUGGAAACCAAAAUUGAAGUAGAAAUACAAUGUCAAUUAAUUUGACUUAAAAUUCCAAAAGAUGGUUUUAUUUACAAAGUAAUGCAUGGCGAGGAAUCACUCACUUUCCUUGGAAAAAAAUGUUUGUAUAUUUAUGUAAAUUGUGAGAAAAGAUUCUUGUUUGUUCUUACCCAAGUAGAACUGAACUUUCGUGGACUAUAGUGUAAAAUCAGUUGAAAAUGGUUUUGGUACUAAUAAUGACUGUUGUGUAUGAAAGUGCACCUGCAUCUUCUAGAAAAUGUUCAACCGGCUUACGGGAUCAUCUGAAUGCCUUAAUAUAAAAGCCUCAGGAUAAACUUUGUGUUGUACGAGUCCAUUUUAUAAGUACAUUGUACAUAAUGAACAGUGCUAUUGGUUUAGUUAAGUAUAAGUGACAGGUUUUUUUCGCUUAUCUGAGCUAUGACUAAUUUAUACACUUGACUUAUGUAUGUUUGAACGUAAAUGGCAUGCAUUUAUGAAAAAAACAGAAUAUGAUAAUUAUUCUUUAAUAAAGAUGGGCAUUAUGAUAUUCUUGUACAAACUUACACAGCAUUUCGCUUUAUGUGUAUGCAUUUAUAGAAAGGUCAAUCUUGAUGAGUUGCAUUUUGUUGUAAAUAUAGGCAGUUAAAUAUUGACUAUAAAGACUGUGUCUUUAGAAUCUGUUCAUUUAUAACCUUGUUGGUUUUGCUUACAAAAAUAAAGCAGAGUUGUUUGUCUGUUUUUUUUGUGCCAUGGGGUCAAACCUUUGUAUCCACUGUUAUUUUAUUGUUUUAUAUAUUUAAACAAAACCAUUUUACGCUUUAUUUUGAAAAUAUGUACCAUACUAAUGAAAUGUAAAAUUUCAUUGGGUGUAAUUUUGUUUGAUGAACCUUUUUUAUUAAGCUGCUUUGAAAUGUAAUCUCUUUCAUUAACCCAUCUAAUACAGGGGAGCGUUGUUGGCAGUAGCAGUCAAAGGAUGUUUCACCAUCUCAGACUUCAAUCAUUAUUUAGAUAAUGUAGCCUUCCUUAUUCAGGAGAGUUAUAAAUUAUAAGUAUAUGGGCAUUCUGUUGAUGUUUUCCUUUCUGCUUCUUUUUACAUAAUUCUUAUAUUACAACUGACUCAAUGACUAUGAAUAGUUAUGUAUGAACAUUGGAAACAUGCUGUAUGUACGGUAACAAUAUAACUUUUAUGAAGGUUUGUUCAUUCCUGUACAUGUAUGUCUGGUUUUAUUAGUUUACUUGAAAGUGACACUCUUAUUCAAAAUCAAAACAUACACAUGUAUAAAAAACCUAAAUUUUGAGUGAUAAACCUUACUAAUUACUGCAUUUAUGUCAAAUAUUAAUUUUUGAUAACAAGAUUGUAAACAUGUAUUUCAUAGCUGAAAAUGCCAAAAAAGAUUGGUAAAAGAUUUACAGUGAUUUCCCAUCGUUGCAUAGGGUAGAAAAACUGUGUUUUCUGCACCUUUCUUUCAAAUUAAACUCUGUAUCCUUGACAUUUAAUUAUUCUUUUUGGUAUAUUUAAUCAAUUGUAGUAAUUGUGGUAAUUCGUAUUUGGGAGUAAAAGUGCAUCUUUAAUAAAGCCUUACUAAGGAAUCUGACCAACAAAUAAGCUAGUUCUCCAUUAAGUCUAUGAACCAUUAUGUUCAAUACUGAUGUCUGGUGACCCCAUGUAAUUUUGAUAUCAUUUGGAAAAGGUAUUGCUGACUGAUAACUAAUACAAGUAUGUUAUUUAAAUGACCGAAACUACAUUCUAAAUAAAGUUAUUGAAGUUUGUACUUUACACCUUAUUUACACCUAAUUUCAACAAGGCAUGUGAAAUGACCCCUUUUGCAUUUUUUGAAGGCCAAUUAAGUUUAUAAUUAUGUUAUAUUAUGUUCUUUUUUACAUUUUUUUUCUGCUCAUAAAACCCUUUCAAAUGAUACCAAACUUCAUAAGGGGUCAGAAGGCAUGGAAACUUAACAUGUGUCUGGAUUUAUCUAGAUUUUACUAAUACGUGCUUUGAUCGUCUGCUUAUGUUGGCAUUAACUACUUUUUGUGUUCUUCACUUGCUUACUGGUAUUUUUACUAAUUGUUGAAAUAAAUUCAGAAGAAAUGAAAUUGUAAUUAAAUAAUGACAAAACUAUAGACAGUUGUUAAUGAACCAUUUUUAAUUUCUUAUUAUUAUGUUUGUUUAAUUUGUUUUGAAUUUUAAUUAUGCAACAUCUUAAUGUUUCUGUGUCUAAUCACUUCAAAAUAUUAUUUGUCAACAUAAUCAAGGCAAAUGAAAAAAAUAUGUAAUCAAUAUAUUUGACUGGUUUCUUUGUGCUGGCGCCACGCUUCCAACUUUCUUAUAAUAAAGCUUUACAAUUUUC